AAGGAGAGGCCAGAGAGAGAAGCAGCCUUUGAGCAGCAGCAGAGAUCUCUCCCUCUCCCUCCUUCCCCCACCUCCCUCCCUCCCACGCGCCCCGCGGGCUCGAGGUAGACGAAGGCGGAGCCGAGCUGCCGAGGUGUAAUGCGUGGUUAUGGGGCUGCAAGGGGAUAAGGCGACGCACGACUUCCUCUCGCUCUACAGCACCGCCAAGGACUCCGCCCUGCCGCUGCUGCCGGAAUCCAAGCCGCCGCCGCCGGCCGCUCAUCAAGGUUUCUUCCUCAAGACGCACGACUUCCUGCAGCCGCUGGAGCGGCCGUCGUCGCAGUCGCCGCCGCCGCGACCCGCCGCGGAGAAGCCGGUCCGCCAGCACGCGCUGCCCGGCGGCAUCGGCACGUUCAGCAUCAGCCGCGCCGCCGCCGCCGCCAACCAGCCCGGCGCGGCCGUCAAGCAGGAGCAGCCGCCCUUCGCCGUCUGGGGCCAGCCGGACCCUCGAGGUCACCCGUGGUCGCUCCCCUUCGCCGCGCGCUGUGUCGCCGUCGCCUCCGCCAGGCCGCAGCCACAGCAGCAGCAGCAGCAGAGGCCGCCGGAGCGGAAGGCGGGCGGUGGCUUCAUGGACGCGGGCUCCAGAUCCAGCGGCGGGGCGGGCUUCGACGACGACGACGGCCUCGCCGCUCGCCGCGAGGUCUCCUCCGCGCUCAAAGAACUCUCGGUCAGGGUGGAGACCAAGGGUGGAAGCUGCAGCGGCAGCGCUGGGACGGACCAACUGCCCAACACGCCGCGCUCCAAGCACUCCGCCACCGAGCAGCGCAGGCGCAGCAAGAUCAACGACAGAUUUCAGAUACUUAGAGAAAUUUUGCCACAAAAUGAUCAAAAGCGUGACAAAGCAUCAUUCCUCUUAGAGGUUAUCGAAUACAUAAGGUUUUUGCAAGAGAAAGUACAAAAGUACGAGGUUUCAAACCCAGAGUGGAACCAAGAAAAUGCAAAGAUCAUGCCAUGGUCUAACAUCUACUUCCGAUCUUCCUGGAAAAAUUCACAGAACAAGGACGAAAUAAAUGGAGAUCUGGCCUCCGAUCCAUCACAAGUUAUAAAAAAUGGUUCCUCCCCACGGUUCCCUUUUGCUGCAAAGCCUGAGGACCAUAACAAUGCAGGUGCAUUUGAGAUUGCUUCGGGUGCACAGGAACUGGCAGAACCAAAGGGUUGUGUGCCUUUCAAACAGGCUGAAACUCCCAGCAAUAUCACAAACACUGUUGCAUCCCAGCAACCAGGGCCAUUGACAAAUUCAUCACCUUCAGACGAUGGUGCAGCACCCAAUGGAAUGUUAAGCAACCCAGAAUUGGCAAUAGACGAGGGGACAAUCAGUUUGUCAAGCCAAUAUUCCCAAGGGUUGCUUACUACGCUGAAUCUUGCACUUCAAAACUCGGGUAUAGAUUUGUCACAGGCUAGCAUCUCGGUGCAGAUCAAUCUUGGUAAGCGGGCUAUCAAGAGAUCUGCUCCCGGGUUGAACUCCACCUCCAAGGAUCUCAUCACUCAAGCGUCCCGUGAUCAAGAGAUCGGGCACCAGCUGGGGUCAGGGGAUGGCGCAAGAGAACAUUCCCAGGCGACCAAGCGGCAUAAGUCAGACAGAUAACAGCUGAUUCCAGCUCCUUGCAGAAGCCCGGAUAGUCUGAUCCAUUUUUUGCGCUCCCCCCCACGGGGGAGCCUUCAUGUUUCGUGUAUACUACGCUCGCUUCCCGCGACGUCCAGACGCACAAGACCAUGCUGCAUUGCUGCUGCAUUCUUUUCAUUCGAUCGCGCUGCCGCUCUAGCGUUAGGCUGCUUCCCAAAAGCUUCCAUCGCAGAUUGUGAAGCUGCUUCUGUUCUGUCCAUAGGCUUCCAUUCAUAUGAGAAGUUCAGGCCGUCCCCCGUUCUGACGGACCCCUCUUGUAACAUAUUCUGGUGCUGAAUUCCUCGUCACUGUGCAGCCGCUUCAGAGCGAAACAUCAAUGUGCUGUAACCUUUUCUGUGCA